GGCGGGCAAUCUCCGCCAGUGCAAACCGAUCAAUUUGAUCGGUGAUCAGUAGCUUGUUGAGACGAUCCUUCGUCCCCGAAAUUGUUCCGAUAGGCAGCAUUUUACGACUUUGGAAAUGGAAUCAAAUAACGACCCUGAGAAUCAGCUGAUGGUUGAAGGUAAUAUCGCUCAGAAUAUGAAAAUUGAUCCCGAGAGAGCUCGGUUUCCAUGUUGCAUUGUGUGGACACCUCUUCCUGUUAUUUCGUGGCUUGUUCCUUUCAUUGGUCACAUCGGCAUUGGCAGAGAGGAUGGAGUAAUCUUGGACUUCGCAGGCCCCAAUUUUGUGUGUGUGGACAAUUUCACAUUUGGAGCAGUCGCACGGUAUCUUCAAAUCAACGGAGAGAAGUGUUGCAUUUCCACUCAUAGAAGUGAAGAUGAGAUGAGGGAAUUUGAUCAUGGUAGAGAAAUAUCAACAUGGGAUGAUGCAUUGCGGAGGAGCACUCAAGAGUUCCAACACCGAUCCUACAAUCUCUUAACUUGCAAUUGUCAUUCGUUUGUGGCUAAUAAUCUGAACAGACUUGGGUUUCGCUCAGGUGGAUGGAAUGUGGUGAACCUUGCCACUCUGAUCUUUCUCAAGGGUCGGUGGGUCAGUACAGGAGCUGUAAUCCGGACGUUCUUACCAUUUGUUGUGGUUUUCAGCAUAGGACUCGCACUGGGGGGUACUACGUUCCUAACCUUCUUGGCAUUCUUCACUUUCUUCCUUGUUGGUUGGUUCAUUCUUGGUACUUAUGUCUUCAAAAAUUUGGUUCAGUUGUAAUGUUUCUAAUUUCUUGUAUACGUUGGAGAUAUUAUGAGUUGAAUGAAGGUAAAUUGCUUUUCCUCA